GAGGAGGAGGGGCAGAGCGCCAGAGCUGACCCUCGGGUGGCGAGCAGGGGCCACCGGGGGCUCCCAGGUCCACAGGCCUCCCGCCCCCUUGAAGAGAGAGUCCCCGGAAUCGGAGCAUCCGCCAAAGAGAAGGCCCGCUCACAGCCCGACCUCACCCCUCCCGAGAGGCCCCGUCAGGCAAAGAAGAAAGGGAGCGCCAUCAAGCCCUUAGAGGACAGAAAAGACACUAAACCCAAAACCACAACACCCAAGUCACAAGCGAAUAAAGAGUUUAUGAAGCAAAACAUCAAGGAAAAACAAUUACAGAAAAUUCUUAGAUCAAGUGAAACUGAUAAAGGAAGUCAAAAGCCGCCCAAAGUUGAAAAAAUCCUGCCUGCUCAUAGGAUGCCAGGCUUGUCUAUACAGCCGGCCGGCGGCGCAGCGCCCAUUCAGCUCCCGGACGGAACGGGAGCAGCAGGACCGCCGCCCACAGCUCCUGAGACCAGCGAGAGACGCCGGGGGGAACGAGCACCAGACCCUGGCGGGGAGGUGGCUGUCACGCAGCUCCGCAAGGGCCGUUUGGGGAGGCAGGUGCCGGAAGGAGUCGUCAAGGCUCCGGGUGAGGUCCUGGAAGGUCAGGCAGCAGGACGAAGCUCGAAGCCCCUUCCUGCCCCUGAAGAAGGCGUCUUGGAGGACGAGGCCGCAGUCCUGGAGCCCCAGGCAGGGGCCGGGAGGGCCAAAGACCCCGCACCUCCGGGAGGGCCGCCCGGCACCCAGGGUAUACCUCCUCUCGCGCUCUCGAGAACCCUCUAA